AGUCUCAGCCUAGUAAGCACUGGCACAACUCUCUCUAGUUAUUUGAGUACUCUCUCACACAUCUCUUUCAAACACACCAAUUUCAGGCCUGCAAGCAAAAAGCUAGAGAUGUAAUGAUAAUAUAAAACAAGCCUAGUUAUUUAUUAUUUAAUGCCCUGCCCUCAACUCCAUGUCCUCCACUGAGCAACAUUUUAAGCAGGCCUUUCUCCUGAAGCACUUUAUCUCUCAAGUCAUUUUUCACUUUCUGAAAUUAUGCACUCUCAAACUUGGAAAGCCAUGGCAAUGGCUGCAUUAGUGGUUCAGCUGUGCGCUUCCAUGGGUGUAGAUUCUUCUUCACCUCAUCCUGAUAAGAUUGGUAGGCUUCCUGGACAACCCCAUGUGGGCUUUCAACAAUUUUCAGGUUAUGUUACCGUGGAUGGUAACAAGCAUAGAGCUCUUUUUUAUUACUUCGUUGAAGCAGAAAUAGAUCCAGCAUCAAAGCCUUUGGCUCUCUGGUUGAAUGGAGGGCCUGGAUGUUCUUCUCUGGGAGUAGGGGCAUUCUCUGAAAAUGGACCUUUCAGACCAAAUGGGAGAGUUCUGAUCAGAAAUGAGCAUAGCUGGAAUAGAGAAGCAAAUAUGUUGUAUCUGGAGACACCAGUGGGUGUGGGGUUCUCUUAUGCUACAGAUAACUCCUCCUAUGUGGCAGUAGAUGAUGAGGCAACAGCCAGGGACAAUCUUGUGUUCUUGCAAGGCUGGUUCCACAAGUUCCCUCAGUACAGGAACAAAGAUUUGUUUAUAACAGGGGAAAGUUAUGCAGGCCACUAUAUUCCUCAACUUGCAAAGCUUAUGGUUGAAAUUAACAAGAAGGAGAGGCUAGUCAAUUUGAAAGGAAUUGCGCUCGGUAAUCCUGUUCUAGAAUUUGCUACAGACUUAAAUUCAAGGGCUGAGUACUUCUGGUCUCACGGAUUGAUUUCAGAUUCAACAUACAAAAUGUUCACAUCUGCUUGUAACUAUUCAAGAUAUGUGAGUGAAUAUUAUAGGGACUCGGUUUCAUCUGUUUGCUCACUAGUUAUGAGACAAGUUAGCACAGAAACCAGUAGGUUUGUGGACAAAUAUGACGUUACCCUUGAUGUUUGUAUUCCAUCAGUCCUCUCACAAUCAAAGGUUAUAAGUCCUAAGCAAGUAUCUGAGAGGAUUGAUGUUUGUAUAGAAGAUGAAACUGUGAAUUAUCUGAACCGGGAAGACGUGCGGAAGGCUCUCCAAGCCCGGCUUAUUGGAGUUCGCAGAUGGGAAGUUUGCAGCAACAUUCUGGAUUAUGAGGUGCUUAACAUAGAGAUACCAACAAUCAAUAUUGUUGGAUCACUCAUCAAGGCUGGAAUUCCAGUGUUGAUUUACAGUGGAGAUCAAGAUUCUGUGAUUCCGUUGACCGGAAGCCGCACCCUUGUCCAUAGACUGGCAAAAGAGCUGGGACUCAAUACAACCGUCCCUUACAGAGCUUGGUUUGCAGGAAAACAGGUUGGUGGUUGGACUCAGGUUUAUGGUAACAUCCUCUCAUUUGCUACCAUCAGAGGCGCAUCUCAUGAAGCUCCAUUUUCACAGCCUGAGAGAUCACUCAUGUUAUUUAAGUCAUUCCUGCAGGGCAAACACUUACCUGAAGUUUUCUGAUGAACUGCUAAGGUACUGCAAACUCCAAAGUGAUAAUGUUGAGAUACUAUGUAUAUAUGGGAUGCAAUUCAUGAUUUCCAGAAGCAUUCUUUGUUUCUGCCGAAAGGAAAAAAAAAUGUAAUCAUCCAUUAGUUUGUUUUUAUGGUUUUUGUGAUGCGAAAUAUCUUUGUUGAUGGAAAUUUUAUAAGAAGUAUGUUCAGAGAAAGAA